UGUGUGGAUUUAUUUUGUAGGCAUAUGUAUUCAGUCAUGGGGCUCAGCACAAGGACAGCGGGGUAGAAAUGGCUGGAAAUGUUUCCCCCAGAGCUCAGAGCCAGGACACUGGAAGACCUGAAAAAUGAGAUUGAGAAGAGGCAGAAAAGCAACGCCAAACUCUCGGAGGAGAUUUCCCCGCUGGAUGCAAAAGCGCAGGGAGAGAAGAGUCAGCGGUCGGAUGUGAAAAGCCCCGUCACCAGGUGUGGAAAAGUGACCUCCCAGCUGCCAGCGGGCGUCUCUCCGGAGCCAGAAGAGAGAGUCAGCCAUUUCUCAUGGAGGAGCAGUGCUCUGAGGGAAACCCUGAAGAAGCUACAAGCCAGCAUCACCCUGGACCCCGACACUGCUCACCCUGACCUCAUCCUCUCCGAAGACCGAAAGGGCGUGAAACGUGGGGAAGGACGCCAGGACCUCCCCGAUAACCCGGAAAGAUUCGCCUAUUGGCCCUUCGUUUUGGGCUACCAAAGCUUCGCCACCGGCCGGCACUGCUGGGAGGUGGAAGUGGGGGAUGAAGGGGACUGGGCCGUUGGUGUGGCCCGUGAAUCCAUCCCUCGAAAGGGACAACUCAGCCUCUGUCCCAAAGGGGGGAUUUGGGGGGUGGAGAAAUGGGGGGGACAGGUCCGGGCGCUCACCACCCACAAGGUGACCCUGUUAGCUCUGCGCUGGGUGCCCAGGAGGGUCAGCGUCCACUUGGACUACGCAGGAGGGACGGUGGCAUUUUUUGAUGCCGAUGAAGGGGGGCUCAUCUUUGUUUUUUCCCAUGCAUCCUUCGCUGGGGAGAGGGUCCGUCCGUGGCUGUGGGUGGUGGGGGCCAGGUCCAAGCUGAGGCUGUGUCCCUGAGACAUGGGCGAGUGUCACCCCACAUCCUACAGCCUCAGGGGGCAGCCGCUUUCCCACCCAUCCCAUGGGGAACCGAUGAAAUGAGGACUUGGGUUUUGAUGUGUCCUUCAUCCCUAUGAGUCUACAGACAGAAUCACAUCGAUAUGAUGUUGACUGAUCUGAUAUUAUUAAGAAGUGCUGAGCAAGGGAAAAAUGGGGCAAAAAAAGGGAAAAGUGCUGCAGUGGGUAACUGGGAUGUGGGAAAUGGUGGUCUAAAGGGAAAAUCCCACCUAAAAGGGUGGCAGAAAGGCAAAUUCCCCCAGGGUUUGUCUGAUCAGGUACAGUUGUCCCCAUCUGAGAUGGUCACCUUCAAAUCAAGUGGUCCACUCUUCUGCAGUAUUUGAUAUUUGAAACCUCGGAGUGCACAAUAAUUAAUAAAAAAUACAUGAUUUUCCCCUCUGUGUCCUUCUCUCUGCCAAUAGACAGCGGAACAAAGUGCUCUCAGGGGUGACCCACUUGCUUGGAUCUUUCUGGGUUCCAGCACAGCCAACCUUGUGCAGAUACCAGGAAUGGGAUUGAGUCAUCCCGAGGUCCAGUCCCCCUUGGAACUGCCAACAAAUUCUUCAGAUACAUUUCCCACAUCCUCAGGUUCAUACUGAAUAUCUGCCAGAUGAA